AUGCCCAGCCAGACUGCCGAUUAUCACUCUCACCUCUCAUACACCAACAUGUCAAAUUCCUCAGAGAGCAGCAGCGGCAGCCGCAACGGUACCUUCCCGUCCAUGGCCACCACAACAUCGCCGCCGCCCGUCGACGUGCCAAGUUAUUCCAAGAUGAUGCUCGACCACCAAAAGAGACAGAUGGAGAGGUCCACUCCAGAGUCGCGACGCGGGUCCGGCGACAGGCACAGCCAUCACAACGGCACGGCGGACGCUACGACUGAAACCACGAUGAGCAACAUCGUAUACAACCACAACAAUGAGCACACCACAGAAAUUACUCCUCUCGCCCAGACGAUACCCGCCAUCUCGGCAGUUCAAGUACGACUCCCGGCAUAUGAUGGAUGUGGUCGCAACUGUGUCAUCGUCACCGCCGUACCCUUGUCACCCUGA